AUGGUUCGAAUCAGCAUCCAGGCUACUCUCCUGGUAGCCUGUUUCACUCCCUUUGUUCAGACCACCAUUCUUCCCUUCGAUAGUGUUACAUCUCCUCACAUUCGUUCGCCCCUUCUCAACUCCAACUUCAUCCGGUCCGAAGUCGUCUCGGAUCAAGCUACCCCUCUAAUCAAGACCGCAACCUUGUCGGAAAUUCAGAAAGCCCGCAAAAUUGUCGAGGAUGCCAUCUCCCAGGCAUCCGUUCUAAACAAGGCGCGCUUAGAUAAUCCCAUCCGGACUCCCCACGGUGGUGGAUCCUUCAAAAUUAAGCGCGAUGAGGUUCCAGAGCUUCUCAAGAUCACACCAGAAAUCGCAGCAGCAGCAGCACUCAUCGCUGAGGCAGAUACUGAGACGGUCACCAACAUUGAGCCUGUUGGUAACAGCACUAAGCGCUCUAUCCAUGCACGUGGAUCUUAUUGGAUGGAAUCCAUCGCCCGUAAAGGGACUGUGCCCUGGGGUAGAGACUCUAGCUACAAGGUCUUCCGCAAUGUUAAGGACUACGGAGCUAAAGGCGAUGGUCGCACUGAUGAUACUGCUGCCAUCAUGAAAGCCAUGACUGACGGCAAGCGAUGCGGUGAGAAAUGCAAUGGCUCUACUACGAAGAAUGCGAUUGUCUACUUUCCCUCCGGCACGUAUCUCGUGUCAAGCUCCAUCGAUGUUUACUUUGGCACGCAAGUUAUUGGAGAUGCAGAGGACCGCCCAACUAUCAAGGCAGCGGCUAGCUUCGUUGGACUGGGUGUCUUGUCCACUGACAAGUACGUGGGUGGUGUCGGAACAGAUGGAAAAGACAACGAGUGGUACGUCAACACGGCUAGUUUCUACCGCCAGAUUCGAAAUUUGAUUAUCGAUAUUACGGCAACCGACCCCAACGCAUAUGUGUGCGCGCUCCAUUACCAGGUAGCACAGGCAACCAGCAUACAGCAUCUCGACCUCGUGGCCAAAACAGGCACGACGCAGCAAGGAAUAUACGCUGAGAAUGGAAGUGGUGGCCACAUGUCCGACAUUGUCUUCAAAGGUGGAAAUUUCGGGUUUUAUGGUGGCGCACAGCAAUUUACUGCCCAGCGAAUGAUGUUCCAGGGAUGCAAAACCGCCGUCCAGCUAAUCUGGGACUGGGGCUGGGUGUGGAAGCAGAUUGCCAUUGAGGACUCGGAAGUCGGUUUCCGCCUGCUGGGAGAGGGCGGCGCGGGUAAUAUUGGGUCCAUCACCAUUAUGGAUUCGGUCUUCACAGGCGUUACGACGGGCAUCAUCAUUGCACCUUACUCCAAAGAACCUGGCAUGGGCUCCACCGGCGUUGCUCUGGACAACAUACGUUUUACCAAUGGCGGUGCUGUUGUCAAGGAUACUGCCGGCGCUACACUCUUGGCUGCUGGGGAUGUAGAGAGCUGGAUUUUAGGUCCCAAUUACGGGGCUGGCUACCGACUGUUCGACGAGGGUAAGAAUGAUGCUUACGAGAGACCGAAAGAGCUUUUGGGUGGAACUUGGGGCAGUCUUCCUCAAAAUGAGUACCUCGAAAAGCCUCGGCCUUCGUACACUGGUUAUUCCGCUGGUGACUUUGUCCACCUGAAGGACUACGCCACAGGCGAUGGUGUAACGGAUGACACAGCAGGUGUCCAACGAGCGUUCAAUGACAACGCUGGCGGGAAGAUCAUAUUUGCUGACGCCGGUACCUAUAUCUUGACCGAUACUGUUACCAUCCCUCCCGGGGUGAAGAUAGUUGGCGAAACAUGGACGCAGUUCGCAGCCUCGGGUUCGAAAUUCUCUGACAUGAAGAACCCUCGAGUCAUGCUCAAAGUAGGCAAUGAGGGUGACGUUGGGGAUGUGGAGAUCCAGGACCUUAUGUUCACCACCAAGGGGGCAACCGCAGGAGCCAUCUUGGUUGAGUGGAAUAUUCUGGCUGCUUCGCCUGGCAGUGCUGGCAUGUGGGAUUCCCAUGCUCGUAUAGGUGGUGCUACCGGAACCGAGCUUACUCCUGCCGAAUGUCCGGCGCUCACUAGUGGUGAAAUCAGACCGAAGUGCAUUGCUGCCACUAUGAUGAUGCACAUCACCGAUGGAGCAUCAGGGUACUUCGAGAACAUGUGGCUUUGGGUUGCCGACCACAUGGUUGACGAUCCGGAUUUGAACAGCGAUAACAACGAAAUGACGCAAAUCUCGGUCUAUGUGGCACGUGGCCUUCUCAUCGAGAGUAAGGACCCAGUUUGGCUUUAUGGAACUGCGUCCGAACACGCCACAUUCUAUCAGUAUAGUUUCUACGGCGCCAAAAAUGUUGUUGCUGGCCUUAUCCAAACCGAGACGCCCUACUACCAACCUACCCCCAAGGCACCUACUCCAUUCGAGGACUCUGUACGAAUGUUCCUCGGAGAUCCUUACUAUGAGUGCGGCACAUCCUACUUUGACGGAUGUGACUCUUCGUGGGGUCUCAUCCUGAAUGGGUGUCAAGAUGUGUACAUCCCCGCCGCAGGCAUCUACUCGUGGUUUAGCACAUACUCUCAAAGCUGUAUUGACGUACAUGAGUGUCAAAAGGCCUUAGUUCUGCUGAUUGAUAACGAAGACUGGGUCCGGGUACAGAAUCUGAUCACUAUCGGUGCUGCCAACUCGCUUGUCUAUGAUGGCGUCAAUGGGGUCAACGCCACUAACAACCUUGGAGUCCAAACCCAUCCCACAUGGUCUCAGAUCACCGUCUUUGAUGCACCGGCGAUUGUUCCAUAUGAUGAGGAUGACGACCCCACUCAAUAUAUGUGCAACGACGACAAGUACUACAACUCAUCCCUUGACACGAUCCAAGGCGGGCUGGGUUCUUUCUCGGAGAACUGCAUCCCUAUUUACACUAUCCCGGUGCUGGAUACUAUGCUAUCUCAAGCCAUGUACGACUACGACGAUGUCAACCAGGGUUAUGACAGCGUUUUCGGCUACUACGUAAAGUACGUGGAAGAGCUCGUGCAGCCGCAGAUUGACGCUUUCAUGUCGUGGCCUACGGGGCCGGGCUUGAAAUAUUUCGAUUGUGAAAUGAAAGAGGGAGGGGAUGUCAAAAUGAGCGGGCAGUGCCCACUCGACUUCCGUUGGCGUGACGAGGACUUCUUUACGCUGACCUUUACACUCAAAGACAAGGACGGCUUCUUCAAUGAGCUAGCAGAUAAAUACGGCAUUCAGAGCGACUGGGUGAAGUUUGGCACCGAUAGAGACGUCUUCACGUGUACCGGCACCCACAACCAGGAUUGUUCACCCUGGUCCCGGACCAAGCUGAACUACCCUCAAAAAGCGGACGACAUGAAGGUCACCAAUCCCAAAGACAUCAUAACCCAGGCGAAGCCGGGUAUCGAUGACAUGCAUGAGACCAUGGCUGUCACAUUCCUCGAGAUCAACGGCGAUACAUGGGAAGGCGAGUGGACCGACGUCAUGGAGGUGCUCUCCACACCCGUCAGCAUGAUGGCCCAGGCUGUGGAGUCGAUGAAGAAGGCCAAGGAGAUUGCCGAGCGCGAGCACGAACAAGAGAAGAACCAGCUGAUCAUCAAUAUCAUCAGCGCCGUCUUCAUGCUUAUUCCGUUUGCUGGUGAGGCACUUGGCGCCGCCGCCAGCGUGCUGCUGCAGACGCUGGGCCGUGUCCUGUUUAUUGUUGGUGAGCUAGGUGCAGCUGCGCUCACCAUUAAGGACAUCGUUGAUAACCCAGACAUGGCCCCUCUGGCUAUUUUGGGAAUGCUGGCUGGCUUCGGAGGAAAGGGUAUUAGGAGAUCGCCGGACGACUUCGCUGAGAUGGCCAAGGCCAAGCGGCUGAUGAACGCAGACGACGUAUCCAAGGCGGGGGAUAUCUUCAAGAAAAACAACGACAAGAUAUCGAACAUGGUCAACACCUGUAUCAGGAAUUAG